GAAAAUCAGAGCAUCAGAAUGAAAAAUACCACACUGCUACUCACCUUCCACCUUCUCUGAGCAAAAGAAGAAAUAAGAAGAAACAAGCCACAUAAGAGUCUUCAUUCCACAAGUACCCUAGGAAUCAUGCUGGAGACGUUCUGCAACUCUACCUUUUGGAAUUCCUCAUUCCUGGAUAGCCCGGAGGUGGACCUGCCACUUUGUUUUGAGCAAACUGUUCUGGUGUGGAUUCCCUUGGGUUUCCUUUGGCUCCUGGCCCCUUGGCAGCUUCUCCAUGUAUAUAGAUCCAGGACCAAGAGAUCUCCUAUAACCAAACUCUACCUUGCUAAGCAGGUGCUUGUUGUGUUCCUUCUUAUUUUAGCAGCUAUAGAGCUGGCCCUUGUACUCACAGAAGACUCUGGACAAGCCACAGUCCCUGCCAUUAGAUAUACCAACCCAAGCCUUUACCUGGCCACAUGGCUCCUGGUUUUGCUGAUCCAACACAGCAGGCGAUGGUGUGUGCAGAAGGACUCUUGGUUCCUAUCCCUAUUCUGGAUUCUCUCAAUACUCUGUGGCACUUUCCAAUUUCAAACUCUGAUCCGGACACUCUUAAAGGACAGCAAUUCUAAUCUGGCCUACUCCUGCCUGUACUUCAUCUGCUAUGCAUUCCAGAUCCUGACCCUGAUCCUUUCAGCAUUUUCAGAAAAGGAUGACUCAUCAAAUAAUCCAUCAUCCACAGCUUCAUUUCUGAGUAGAAUUACCUUUAGUUGGUUUGACAGUGUUGUUCUGAAAGGCUACAAGCAACCUCUGACACUUGAAGAUGUCUGGGAUGUUGAUGAAGAGAUUAAAACCAAGACACUUGUCAGCAAGUUUGAAAAGUGCAUGGCAAGAGAGCUGCAGAAGGCCAGGCAGGCAUUCCAGAGACGGCAGGAAAAGAACUCCCGGCAGAACUCUGGCGACAGGCUACAUGGGUUGAACAAGAAUCAGAGUCAAAGUCAAGAUGUCCUUGUGCUGGAAGAAGCUAAAAAGAAAAAAAAGAAGUCUGGCACCACAGAAGACUUUCCCAAGUCCUGGUUGGUGAAGGCCCUCUUCAAAACCUUCUACAUGGUGCUCCUGAAAUCAUUACUCCUGAAGCUACUGCAUGACAUCUUCAUAUUUGCAAACCCUCAGCUGCUGAAACUUCUGAUCUCCUUCGCAAAUGACCGGGACUCGUAUGUGUGGACUGGGUAUCUCUGUUCAGUCCUCUUGUUCGCCGUGGCCCUCUUCCAGUCCAUCUGCCUGCAGUAUUACUUUCAACUGUGCUUCGUGCUGGGCAUGCAUGUGCGGACAACCAUCAUGGCUUCUGUGUAUAAGAAGGCAUUGACCCUGUCCAACCGGGCCAAGAAGCGGUACACCAUUGGAGAAACUGUGAACCUGAUGUCUGUGGAUGCCCAGAAGCUCAUGGACGUGACCAGCUACAUCCACAUGCUGUGGUCAAAUGUUCUGCAAAUUAUCUUAUCUAUCUACUUCCUGUGGAUAGAGCUGGGACCCUCAGUCUUAGCAGGUGUUGGGGUGAUGGUACUUCUAAUCCCAGUUAAUGGGAUACUAGCCACCAAGAGUAAGACCAUUCAGGUAAAGAAACAGGACAAAGCUGUGCAGUUUUCCGAGGCCUCCUUUACCUGGGACCAGGAUUUAGAAGCCACAGUCCGAAAACUUAGUAUAGGCUCCUUGAGCUUGAAUAAAAUGCUCGUGACCUUGCUUUUCCAGGUGUCUGUGAUCACAUUUUCAGUUUACACCCUGGUGGAUAGCAAUAACAUUUUGGAUGCACAAAAGGCCUUUACCUCCAUCACAGUUUUCAAUAUCCUGCGUUUUCCCUUGAGCAUGCUUCCCAUGGUUAUCACCUCUAUGCUCCAGGCCAGUGUUUCCACAGAACGGCUAGAGAAGUACCUGGGAGGGGAUGACUUGGACACAUCUGCUAUUCGACAUGACUGCAAUUUUGACAAAGCUGUGCAGUUUUCCGAGGCCUCCUUUACCUGGGACCAGGAUUUAGAAGCCACAGUCCGAAAUGUGAACCUGGACAUUAUACCAGGCCAGCUGGUGGCUAUAGUGGGUGCAGUGGGUGCUGGGAAAUCCUCCUUGAUGUCAGCCAUGCUGGGAGAAAUGGAAAAUGUCCAUGGGCACAUCACCAUCAAGGGCACCAUAGCCUACGUCCCACAGCAGUCCUGGAUCCAGAAUGGCACCAUAAAGGACAACAUCCUCUUUGGAUCAGAAUUGAAUGAAAAGAGAUACCAGCAAAUUCUGGAGGCCUGUGCACUCCUCCAAGACUUGGAAGUGCUGCCUGGAGGAGACCAGGCUGAGAUUGGAGAGAAGGGUAUAAAUCUCAGUGGAGGUCAGAAGCAGCGGAUCAGCCUGGCCAGAGCUACCUAUCAAAAUUCAGACAUCUAUAUUCUGGAUGACCCCCUGUCAGCUGUGGAUGCUCAUGUGGGAAAACAUAUUUUCAAUAAAAUCUUGGGUCCCAAUGGCCUAUUGAAAGGCAAGACCCGCCUCUUGGUUACGCACAGCAUUCACUUUCUUCCCCAAGUGGAUGAGAUUGUGCUUCUGGGCGAUGGCACCAUCUUGGAGAAAGGGUCCUACAGCGCUCUGCUGGCCAAGAAAGGAUUGUUUGCUAAGAAUCUAAACACAUUCAUAAAACAGACGGGUCCUGAAGGAGAGGCCACAGUCAAUGAAGACAGUGAAGGAGAAGGUGACUGCGGGCUGAUACCCAGUAUGGAGGAAAUCCCUGAGGAUGCAGUCUCCUUGACCAUGAAGAGAGAGAACAGCCUCCAUCAAACACUUAGACACAGUUCUAGGUCCAGCAGAAGGCAUCCAAAGUCCCUGAAACUCUCCCUGAAAACUCAGAAUGUGAAAACCUUGAAAGAAGAUGAAGCACCAGUGAAAGGACAGAGACUAAUCGAGAAGGAAUUCAUACAAACUGGAAAGGUGAACUUCUCCAUCUACCUGAAAUAUCUACGAGCAGUAGGAUGGUAUUCGAUAUUCUUCAUCAUCUUUGCCUAUAUGAUCAAUUCUGCGGCUUUUAUUGGAUCCAACAUUUGGCUCAGUAAUUGGACCAAUGACUCUAAAGCCUUCAACAGCACCAACUAUCCAGCCUCUCAGAGGGACAUGAGAGUUGGUGUCUAUGGAGCUCUGGGAGUAAUUCAAGGUGUAUUUGUGCUCAUAGCAAAUCUCUGGAGUGCCCGUGGUUCCACCCAUGCAUCAAAUAUCCUUCACAAACAACUACUGAAUAAUAUCAUCCGAGCACCCAUGAGUUUUUUUGACACAACACCCACAGGCCGGAUUGUGAACAGGUUUGCUGGGGAUAUCUCCACGGUGGAUGAUACCCUCCCCAUGUCCUUGCGCAGCUGGGUCUUGUGCUUCCUGGGGAUCAUCAGCACCCUUGUCAUGAUCUGCAUGGCCGCCCCAGUCUUCAUCCUCAUCAUCCUUCCUCUCACCAUCGUUUAUGUGUCUGUUCAGAUACUUUACAUGGCCACUUCCCGCCAGCUGAGACGUCUGGACUCUGUCACCAGGUCCCCAAUCUACUCCCACUUCAGUGAGACUGUGUCAGGUUUGUCUGUCAUCCGUGCCUUUGAGCAUCAGCAGCGGUUUCUAAAACGCAGUGAGGUGGGGAUUGACACCAACCAGAAGUGUGUCUACUCCUGGAUUACCUCCAACAGGUGGCUUGCGGUUCGGCUGGAGCUGGUUGGAAACCUGAUCGUCUUCUUUUCAUCCUUGCUGAUGGUUAUCUAUAGAGACAGCCUAAGUGGGGACACUGUGGGCUUUGUUCUGUCCAAUGCACUCAAUAUCACACAGACCCUGAACUGGCUAGUGAGGACGUCGUCAGAAAUAGAAACCAACAUUGUGGCUGUUGAGAGAAUAAAUGAGUACAUAAAAGUGGAAAAUGAGGCACCCUGGGUGACUGAUAAAAGGCCUCCAGCAGGUUGGCCCAGCAAAGGGGAGAUCCAGUUUAGCGACUACCAAGUACGGUACCGGCCUGAGUUGGAUCUGGUCCUGAAAGGGAUCACUUGUAACAUGAGGAGUGCAGAGAAGAUUGGUGUGGUGGGCAGGACAGGAGCUGGGAAGUCAUCCCUGACAAAUGGCCUCUUCAGAAUCCUAGAGGCUGAAGGUGGCCAGAUCACCAUUGAUGGGGUAGAUAUUGCUUCCAUUGGGCUCCACGAUCUCCGAGAGAAACUGACCAUCAUCCCCCAGGAGCCCAUCCUGUUCUCUGGGAGCCUGAGGAUGAACCUAGACCCUUUCAGCAGCUACUCAGAUGAGGAGAUCUGGAGGGCCCUGGAGCUGGCUCACCUCCAGUCCUUUGUGGCUGGCCUGCAGCUUGGGCUGUCUCAUGAAGUGGCAGAGGCAGGUGACAACCUGAGCAUAGGGCAGAGGCAGCUACUCUGCCUGGCCAGGGCUCUACUCCGGAAAUCCAAGAUUCUGAUCAUGGAUGAGGCCACCGCUGCAGUGGAUCUAGAGACGGAUCGCCUCAUCCAGAUGACCAUUCAAAACGAAUUCUCCCACUGCACAACCAUCACCAUUGCCCACAGGCUGCACACCAUCAUGGACAGCGACAAAGUAAUGGUUCUAGACAAUGGGAAGAUUGUAGAGUAUGGCAGCCCUGAAGAACUGCUGAAAAACCCUGGCCCCUUUUAUUAUAUGGCCAAAGAAGCUGGCAUUGAAAGUGUGACCAGCACAACGUUCUGACAGCAUAUCCCAAGGACUAGAGAAGGACUAUAAGGAUCGUUCCUUAUUUAAUUUUUUUGUGAAAUGUAUCAUACAUAUGGAAGUGUGUGUAAAAUGUACAUUUUAAAGGAGGAUCUUAUAUGAACAACCAUGAACCCACUACCCAGGUCAAGAAAAUGAUUAUUGCCAGCUACAUCAGACCCCGCCCCCACCAACGAUCUCACUUUGAUCAGACCUCCCUGCCACUCCCGCCCACCGAGAUAACCACUACCCUGAAUUUCGUGGUAAUUAUCCCCUUGCUUUUCAAUUUUAGCACUUCGAAUGUAUCCUUAAACAAUGUGUACCUUUUUUUAACUUAUGUAAAUGGCCUUAUACUGCA